ACACAUGUGUAGUUUGCCGCAAGAUAUUACACAAUAUGAAACCAUUGCUAGCGUCAUAGUGACCUAAUUAUUACUAACAUCUAGACAUACGUGAAAAAAACUUCGAUUAAAAUAAUUCAAACCAUUUUUAAAUGUUCUAGAACUUAAAGAUACGCUAUAAAUCGAUAUAUGUAACUCUGAAACAAAUUUAUUCCGUCGACGUUCGCAUAUAACAAUACAUAGUAAAUAGUGUAGAGUACAUGUCAAAAUCAUGUGACACUAAUUCCGACUACAGGUUAAAUAUCUAUUUCACAAUCCGUGUAUACGAACAUUGAUAUAUUAGUUUAUUUAUCACAGAAUAGUUAUAGAUAUUACACCUACUCGUUAUCUAUAUCUAAUACUAAUAUUAUACAGAUUGCACUAAGUGUAUUUAUACGUCUCUUUAAAUAUAUGAAACCUACUGUUCUUUACCUCUAUUAUAUUUUUACAAAAAAUUACGUACUUCCCGGUUAAUUAUCUUCUUGUCAUAGCAAAAUCAAUUAUAUAUGAGUUACAAGGAAAAAUAAACUUCCUUAAUAAUUCAGGAAAUAUCUGGUUUAUUAAGAAUCAGGUGACUAUUUUCGUCUGGUGUAACAAUUUUACGUAAUCGUAUGAAAUUUUAUAAAUAUUAUAGAAAAUUCAUAACGGCAAGUGCCGCUUUUUUAACGAACCUUUUCUAUAUGUUUUAACUAAUGGCUAUUUAAAUUUAUAAUCGUAAUAACGAUGAAAUAAUCAGAAAAAAAUGUUUACCUGAUGUUACAGCACAACGAUGACAGACCGUCCACCAUUUGCAACUCACAGGUACGCUGAUCUAUGCCUUCUUUAAAAUACAUUAAAGAAGUUGAUUUUAGCGCACCUAACGGUCUAAAAUCGUAUCAGGAUGAAACGAUAAUUUGAUUUGAAAUUUUAUGAAUUUCGCGCCUUUCUUUUUUCUACGCUUCAAAUAAUGCAAUAACGAUGAAUUUUUAAAUUAUAUGUAAAAAAUUAUCAAAUACAAUGACAACUAUAAAGAGUGGAGCCGAUAUGAGACGAACAGGUUUUAUUUCUUUUCUCUUGUGUAUUUAAAUAUAUUUUGUUUUAUACAUAUAUGCUUUAGUUAUUUUAUAAUACAUAUAUAUAUAUAUAUAUAUAUAUAUAUAUAUAUAUAUGUGUGUGUAGGUGUGUGUAUGCGUGUUUAUUUAUUUAUUUAUUUAUUAAAUUAGAGUUGGAACAGUGUUGUCGAAAAUUAAAAGUAGCGGAAACAAAAUGUGGAUCAUUGAAGUCUAGAAUAAAUUAUAUGAAAAUGUUUUGUCAAAUUAAAACAGACACAACAAAAGAACAAUCAGAUAGUUUCCAAACAUUAAUUAAUAAUUCGCAAGAACAUGAUUUAGAACCUGAACAUUCUAAAAUAGAUUGUAACAUCGGUCUUUGUGAUUCAAACGUUAGUGUUUUAACAAAUCAGAACUAUGGUAAUUUUAUACAAGAAAACCAAAGUCCUGAAGGAAGAAUUCAAGGUGAUAAGGGUAUAAGUCAAGUAUAUAUUUUUAUUAAUCUUUAUGCUUUAUACUCAAUAUUAAGAUAUAUUAAUACUGUAGAAAUAGAAAUGUGUAAUGAUAAAAUGUUAAAAGUAGAAGGAACUGAAAAUUUCUAUAGAGCUCUAGACUCUGUUUCUGUUUGCUCUACAUUGGAACCAGCUAUUCAUGAAAUAAAACAAGAACAAUCAGUGGAUAUUUUGGAAAAUAUGACUUGUGAUAACAAAAAACAAGAGAUAGAAUAUACAACACAGCAGAAUAUUUUUUGUUUCAAAGAACCGUGUGAACAAUUGGUAGUAAAUAAUCCAAUCAAAUGGACUACUCAAAUUUCACCUUGUGCAAAUCCUGACAUCAAUCCACAAGAAUUAAGCUUAAAUAUUUCUGAUAGUAUAAAAAGUUCACGUACAUCCAAAUGUAGAAGUUCAAUAAAAGAAAAUAAGGAGCCUAUAAUUAAUACUAUAAAUUUAAACAACAAAAAGCCUAUUUGUAAAAAUGAUCAAACGGUUAGUAAUAAAAUUAAGAAAAGACGAGGUAAAUUACGGAAUAUUAAUUCAAAAAGUACAGUAGCUACUAAAGAAAUGAAUGUAACUACAAGGAAAGAUGUUAGAAAACGUAAACAAAAAGAUCAUAAAACAAAUCAUCAAUUAUUGGAACAACAUAUACCUUCUUCAAAACUUCAACAUAAUUAUAGUGGAAUAGUAGAACUUUAUCACAAUGCUGCAAUGAAAAGUGGUAGCAUCUCUGCAGUUUCUAGUAAACUUGAAAUGAAAAAAUUGAAAAAACAAUUUAAUAAUGGUCAAUGUAAUAUACAUACAAAAUUACCUCCUACUUAUGAUCAAUGUCAAAAUUAUGAGAACCAUCAAACAGAUCAACAUCAUGAUAAUAAGCUGCCCACCUCUGAAGACAUCGCAGUGAUCAAAGACGAAUAUGCUUAUAAACAAACUCAAAAUGUAGAUAAAAUAGAAAUUUCUAAUCAUGAAUGUAAAUUAUAUCAACAACAGAACACAGUAUUCGAUUUAACGUGUUAUGUUCCAAUGGCUAAUCGUAGUUAUGAGAUGCCAACUUUAGCUUCAAAAUUAAAAAGGACAAAUCGAUCAUAUUUUAACAGAUUUAAUUUUAGAAAUAUACCAUUUGUUGUUGGAACUUCAGUAACUCCAAGUCACAACUUAGGAUUAAAUAUUCAACAAGUAUUAAGUAUUAUGAAAACAAAACAACCAAAUAUAACUGGUAUUACUCCAUUACUUAUACGUAAAGUUAGUAGAGGAUUAGAACCUGUAUCUACUCUUAUGAAACAAAUGGUUGUCAAAUCGGAAGAUAUAUCUACGGAAAAUAAUUGUCAUGCUAUUAGUAAAUUAGAGGAGAAAUGUUCAUAUUUAACUCAAACAUCUUCAAAAUUUAUAAAACAAUCCCCAAUAAUAAAUCCUGUAUUGAAGCCACAAGUUAUUACACAGAGUGAAACUAAUUCUUUCAUUACUCUUGAUGAUAUACAAAAACAAAAAAUUCAAGCAGACAAAGAAUCAAUCAAGAGUUACUAUUCUUCUGUAAAAAAUACAAUGACAGGAUUUAUUCCCCAAUGGAAUCUCAAAAACUAUCCACAAACAACAGAUUCUAUUUCAAAAGAAAAGCAGAAUAUGGUGAACUGUAUUAAAUUUAAUGAUAAGCCAAAUAUGCAAUUUUCUGAAUCAAAAGGAAUAAGAGAAGUUUUAAUAAAUCUUCAUGAUCAAUUUGAAGCAAUGAACGUGAAAUAUGAAAAUUUGCAAAAGAAAGCAGCAAAUUCUGAUGAUCAAUCAUUAAUAAAUGAUAUUGUUACACUGGAAAAAGAAUUAAAUUCCAAAGAAGAAGAAAUAAAUGCAUUAAUUAGUCUUUACAAAGAGGUUAUGGCAUUAAAGCAACAAAUGAAAAUGUUACAACAAAGAAAUAGUUUUGUAUGCAUUGCAACAAAGGUUCCUGCGGUGAAUAAAAUGUACUCUUCUACUCCAGUUAAUUUAAGUAAAACAAGCAAGAACUGUACAAAAGAUGCAAUGCAUACAUUUAGUAUGAAACGCCAAAAUAUUAUAAAUACUCAUAGAGAAACUUCAACUUCAAUGAAACUUGCAGGUCUUUUAAGACAAAUUCAAAUGUUUCAAAAACAACUUAAGCUCACCUCCUAAUAAAUGGAUCAAAACAACAAAAAAAUAAACAUGAAAAAAAAGAAAAAAGUAUACCGUAAGGACAAGGAUCUAUGUUCUUGGAUUAACAAGAAAAGAGGUGAUUAAAGAUGAAAAGCGCGACUCGCUAAGCGCAAAAUUUAUUCACGAAGGAACCGAUGAAUCUAUCACGCUCAUUGAUCUAACAAGUCGGCGCGACCAGGCAACUGUGAUAAUUCAAUUAAUCCUGAUAAACGAGAACGUGCUUAUAUCCUACCAUCUUGUACCAUGAUGUUACCGUGUGUAAAAAGAAAAUGAAUUGGAUCGAAUAGGAUCAACGAAGAAGAGACAAAUUCGAGAUAUGAAAAAAGAAAAAAAAAAUUAUUCUACGAUAUAGAAGGAGAAGAUCCAAUGUAAAAUAAAGAAAAAAAACAAGAAGCAGUAGGUGACAAUGAAGAUCGGUAACGGAAGAUAUAAGAAGAAUAGAGAGAGAAAACCAUCAUCGAUUGGUUUCGUCGGUCUCGGUCGCUUUCCAUCAAAUUCCAAUGGUCUUCUCUAACAUACAACUCUCUGUAGAAAUAAUUUCUUCUCUCGUCGGACAAGUCUAAUAUACCCCAUGUCUCUCUCUCUUUAUAUAUAUACCUCUCUUUCCUUCAUAUGAACCAUAUUCCAUGUGAACAUAUUUCUAUAAUUGUUUCUUUUCUUCCUAUUUUUCAUUUUGUUUUUUUUUUCUUUCUCAAGCCAGCACGAACUUUCGUGUAAAAUCUUGCGUGAUACGAAA